AUGUGUGUGGAUAAGGUGUGGCAGGAAAUGCCAGCGGUAGGAGGAAUGGGCGGAGUUGCAGGUGGUAAUGACAAAGGCAGACUCACAAGUGGUCAGUGUUUCAACUCUUUUGUCUGUAUCCGCGAUUUCCUCUGUGCUCCCAACUUUCGGCGUUGUCUUUUCUACGGUGAAGUGGCAAAGAGUGCUUGCAAGCAGUUCGUGUUGGCACGACUGUCAAAGCAGGGAGGCGAGCCGUUCAAAGUGGAGGUAGAGUGGACCAUCUUUUGCUCCGCCUUCCCUUCGCCACGUCAGUCUCCAACUAACUAG